CCUCCUCCUCCUCCUCCUCGUCCUCCUCCUCGUCCAGGGUCCGGCCCGGCUCGUCCCCGGCGCGGAUGGGCGGCCGGCGGACCCGGGGCGCGGUGGACUUCAUCGCGGAGGCCGGGACGUUCGGCUACUGGGACUUCUUCCGCGGGUACCUGCUCCCCAACCUCCCCUGCCUCUUCUCCGCCGACUUCACCGAGGGCUGGGGCAGCCGGCGGCGCUGGGUGACGGCCGACGGCAGGCCCGACUUCGACUACCUGCUGCGCCGUUUCGGGGACGCCGUGGUGCCCGUGGCCGACUGCGACGCCCGGGAAUUCGACGCCAACCCCAAGGAGCGCAUGCCCCUGCGGGACUACCUCGCCUACUGGACGGAGCACAUCCGCCGCGGGUACGCCUCCCCGCGGGGCUGCCUCUACCUCAAAGACUGGCACAUGACCAGGAGCUUCCCCCGGCACGAGGCCUACACCACCCCCGUCCACUUCUCGUCCGACUGGCUCAACGAGUACUGCGACGCGCGCGGGGCCGACGACUACCGCUUCGUCUACAUGGGGCCCCGGGGGUCCUGGACGCCCUUCCACGCGGACGUGUUCCGCUCCUUCAGCUGGUCCGCCAACGUCUGCGGGAGGAAGCGGUGGCUGCUCUUCCCGCCGGGCCGGGAGGACCUCCUGCGCGACGGCCACGGCCGCCUGCCCUUCGACGCCACGGCCGCCGCCCCCGCCCCCCCUCCCCUGGAGGUGAUCCAGGAGGCCGGGGAGGUGGUGUUCGUCCCCAGCGGCUGGCACCAUCAGGUGUACAACCUGGACGACACCAUCUCCAUCAACCACAACUGGGUCAACGGAGGCAACGUGGCCGGCGUGUGGAGCUUCCUGCAGGCCCAGCUGGGGGACGUCCAGCGCGAGGUGGCCCAGUGGCGGGACGCCAUGGACGACUGGCCUCGCCACUGCCAGCUGAUCCUGAAGGCCUGCGCGGGGAUCGACUACCUGGAGUUCUACCGCUUCCUCCGGACCGUCGCCGAGGCCCGGCUGCGCCCGCCCGCCGCCCUCCCCGGCCCCGCGCACGCGGCCUUCGACCUGGACCGCAUCGCCGCCGUCCUGGCCUCGCUGCUGGCCGACGAGGACUUCCGCGGGCUGGAGGCCGAGCUGGCCGUCCCCCCGCCGUCCCCCCGGGAGCUGCUGGCCCGGCUGACCGAGGCCCCGGGGACGGGCCGGCGGGAGGGGAGAGACGGCGACGGGCCCCCGACGGCGGGGGACGCGACUCCCGGUUCCGCUGUACCGUAAUAAGAACGUGCGGCGUCGGUCGAGCGC